GGCCACUUCAGCAGCACCCACUUUUGAAGGAGCUGGAUGAUGGGCAGCACUUAACACACUGCUCUCAUGAUUCACGCAAACUUUUCAGGUAUGGUUGCCUUCAAUUUCAGGCACUGAGCGAAUCUGCAGGGAGAGAUGGAGACUGUGGGCUGAAUCCAAUCAAGGCAGGGUUCACAUUACCUGCCUUUGAGCAUAGCAAAAAGUUUGUGUGUGUGUGUGUGGGGGGGAACAGUGUUAGAAACUCAGAUAUAUAUAGACUAGAUGCCAAAUGGCUCUUAAAUAAAGGUUGCACUUGCCCAAACUGAAUGUCUAGUUGCCAUUUUUGGGCAAGACAGCUCUAAAGUCUUAUUUUUCAAAUGAUGGACUGGUUGAUUCUCAAACAUCUGGCUAGUUCCGAUUGUGCAGCUAAAAUGUAACUGAUAGAAUUCUACAGGAUGGGGUAUUAGUGUAUGAAAACAUUUCAGAUCCAAGGAUUUCCCGAUGGUGGAGAUGUCAGGUGCCAUUCUGGUGCCCAGGCAUCUUCACUUGGCCACAAGUGGUUGAAAGCCACCUGCAAAAUGUGCCUGGCUGAUUUCAAACACUAUUGGAGGGUUCAUGGCUCCCUCCCCCCCAGCUAUUCACAUCAGCAUGGCUUCAUUAGUGUCAAAUUUGUCUCUGUUUACAUAUACACAGUGGUGGUGUUGAUAGGGCGGGGAUGUGUUCAGCUUCAUUCACACUUACUGGAAGCAGCAGGGGAAGUUGUUUCCUCCCCUGUGGCAUCUUUCCACUUAAUCUAGUAACCUAGGAAUAGAAGGAACCUCAUGAUAGGGACAGGAAGACUUCAGAGACUGGUAUGGAGGGAUGCCACUUCUGUAACUCUUUCCAUGUAAUUCCACCCUUCAUACGUUGAUUCUCCAUUAUGGUACCGAAACAGCAUGAGAAGGAGAAUUCACCACUGUGUCACUCCUGGGAACUGCAGCUUGAUUCACAGAGUGCUUUGGGGUAACUUUAUUGGGACAGGGUAGGCUAUAGAGAUGUAUAAUUAAAGCAUGUACUUGCUGAAGACAGGGGCUCUGCAUCUUACAGAAAAGUGAACUUGAAUCUUCACAUGCAAGUGAAUGGAUGGGAUCGCAAGACAUUUGCGCCUUCUUACAAGAGGGUGAAAGGGAUCGCCAUAAUAUAUGCAAAAAUCUGCAGCUUUCCCUAGUAACUUGCAUCACUCUGGCUGGGUUUCCUGCUUACACAGUGGCUCUCUCAGACCCUGCAUGAGCUGGAAGUGGAACAGUGUGCGCUGAGAGAGACCUAGAGAGACUUUUAGUACCUGAGCCAGUAUCCAGAGCCGAACCUAUCAGGCAAGUAGAUAUAUCUCCUUUUUUAUAUUUUGCCCUUCAAGAUUCCUGCAUGGGGAAUCUGUGCCUGAGAGCUGCCUUUAUAGACCAAAAUCCUGUGCGCUCUUGAGUUUGCUUGGAUGGAACGGCAGAGGUUGGUGCAGGAAAAUCCAGUGCCUUUGGCUGCUGAAGUUAGAUCUAAAUCACUUUGGGAGGGAGGCAGAGCAGAAGAGAAUGUAUUCAAGAUGGAAAAAAAAUUAUUUUCUGCUAUGGAUCUGGGAGUUUUCAUAGUGUUCCCCUGGGCAUAAUCAGACAUGAAAUCAGAAGGUGCUUUUUAUCUGCUCCGGUGGCUGAGAUAGUUAUUUCACAAAUUAACCCUUCUUGGAGGUCGACAGCCCCUUGCCGCUAUGUAGGAGGAGCAUUUGCUCUGAAGAGGUAGAGAGUGAUUAAUGUAUUUUUUUUUAUUAGCAAGGCUCAGCAGGAGGAUCUUUUGAUGUCCAACAUUGAUUGCUUAAUAACAAAUUACUCUCCUUUUCUUGACCUCUGGAGAAGGUUUCACCCUGGGGUGGAUGAAGAUGAUUGUUUUACCACACUUCUUCCAAAAUUGCAGGAUGAUACCCUGACUUGUUUUGCAUGCAUACGGAGAAGGACCCUGAGAGUAUUUCCUAGGGUGUGAUCCUGUAGGUGCAUGACUUCUGGAGCCACAUGGGCAGAAUCUGUUGUGUGUUCCCUUCCUAUUCGUUCAUCACUAUGAGGGAGGAAAUUGACUAAGUGUGGAGCACUCAUACAAUUUGCCCUAUACAGUCAUACCUCGGGUUACGAACUCCGCAAACCCGGAAGUAUUUUCGCUGCGCAUGCGCAAAAUGGCGCUUUGGGUUACGACCAUUUCGGGUUACGAACUACGUCCUGGAACGGAUCGUGUUCGUAACCCGAGGUACCACUGUACUCAUGUUUUGCUUCAUCCUUGCAGGCUCCCCUGCAGCACCGGCUCUCGCAGCAGAAAAGCUGCUCCCAUGCACAGCUCUUUAUUCUGCUUUCCUGACAUUUCCUCACUUGUUAAUUUCUGCGUUUUGUGUGAUCUUUCACACAACAUAAAAAACCACUUCUGGAAUUCCAGUGGAACCUGGCAGAAGUUUAGCAUUGUUUUCCAGGAAAGAUUUGUUUGCAACCCCGUUAACUCAGAAAACCACAGGAGCACCGCGUUGCAGUUUCAUGGGAUGACAUUUUAGGACAGUAUCACAGCAUACAGCUCUUUCCCACUGUUAAAUUUUAGUGCAACGUGGCGCUGUGUCGAUCAGAAAGCCACAACGCAACAGGCACUGCAGUAUAAAAGGAACGUUAGGAAUCUGGACAGAUGUGUUAGCAUUAGAACCACUAAAACUAAUGCAAUAAGCCCCAUGUCCAAAUUCAGCUUGUGAAGACAGUCAGACAAUCAACUUACCAGCAAUUUACGUGAACACCCACUGAGGGAAGGACCAUAGUAUCAGUGCUGCCUGUAAAGGUUCCGAGUUCAAUCCCUGGCACCCCCAGUUGAAAAGGAUCAGGUAGCAAGUGAUGGAAGCAACCCUUGUCCCCAAACCCUAGAGAGCUGUUGCCGGUCAGAGUAGGCAAUAUUGGACUAGAUCAGCCUUCCCUCCAGAUGUUAUGGACCACAAGCACUGUAAGACUCUGCCCAGCACGGCCAAUGUCCAGGGGUGUUGGGAAUUGUAGUCUAAAACACCCGGAGGGCACCAGUUUGGGGUAGGCUGGACUUGAACAAAUAGUGUGUUGUCAAGGUGCUUCCCAGUCAAAAGAAUGCACACAGCAUAGAGUUAACUUUUUAUUGUCAAAGAUAUCACAAUCACUUCUACAACUCUGGAGACACCCACACACCCACACCCACACUCCAAUCUGGAGUCUAGGCAGCUAUUUCCAGAUCAGCGCUCUAUGGAGCAGUUGCAAAGUGCUUUCCCCAAUGGCCUGCACACAUGUAGUCGGAGACUACGCCUUGCAUGGAAACGGCCUCUGCUCUUCCCUCUUCAGGUCUCUCCUGGUUCUGGGAGCCAGUGGUGCAGGAGAGGGUGGGGAAGCACCUGGCCUUUCACUUCCCUGGCCUGCCCUUUCCUCCUCUUCCCCCAGCUCUGAAGCUUCCCCUGCCUCUGAUUCUUGCCUCCUGGCUGGUACAGGCUCACACAAACCACUGUCCCCCCUCGUGAAAAAGGGCCAUGGGUGGCACUGUGGUUUAACCACCAAAUCAUUGCGAAUUUUUGUAGAUAGAAUUCUUAGGUUGUUUUUUAAAAAAAGCAAAAAAAAGCAUAAAAUUUGAGUCUUUGUUGUUCUGGAGAUAUUAAGGAGAAUGUGUGGCUCUGUUCUGCCCAAUGGUUCGGUAAGCAAGUCUGCUCCUGCCUUCCAGCAUUCUAGUCUAGCUGCUCUGAAGUGUAAUUGGCCAUUGAAGAAGGAGAGCGAUUGCUUGUUCCUCAUUGAGAAGAACCAUAGCAGGAAGUUAUGUGGUGUUCGAUAGCAGUCCUCUAGACUAACAAUAUCUGCACAUGAUUAAAGUUGAAAGAUGCAUGAGUGUAAUGCAGUCUGGGACUCAGAUGGUUAAACUGAAGAGCGGGGCCAAAGGACUUGUGCGCCUUUUUUACCUCGAUGAACACAGGACCUGCAUCCGAUGGAGGCCAUCCAGGAAAAGCGAAAAAGCAAAAAUCAUAAUUGAUUCCAUCUACAAAGUGACUGAAGGACGGCAGUCGGAAAUAUUCCAUCGCCAUGCUGAAGGCAACUUUGACCCGAGCUGCUGCUUCACCAUUUACCACGGCAACCAUAUGGAGUCACUGGAUCUGAUCACCUCCAACCCAGAGGAAGCUCGCACCUGGAUCACCGGCUUGAAGUACCUGAUGGCUGGGAUCAGCGAUGAGGACUCUCUUGCCAAGCGACAGAGAACACACGAUCAUUGGGUGAAGCAGACCUUUCAGGAAGCAGACAAGAAUGGCGAUGGCUUGCUGAAUAUUGAAGAGAUUCACCAGUUGAUGCAUAAACUGAACGUCAACCUGCCCCGGAGGAAAGUAAGACAAAUGUUUCAGGAGGCCGACACCGAUGAGAACCAGGGAACCUUGACCUUUGAAGAGUUUUCUGUGUUUUACAAGAUGAUGUCAUUAAGGCGCGACCUCUACUUACUGCUUUUGAGCUAUAGUGACAAGAAAGACCACCUCACUGUCGAGGAAUUUGCUCAGUUUCUGAAAGUGGAACAAAAGAUGAGCAAUGUGACGACCGAGUAUUGUCUGGACAUCAUAAGGAAAUUUGAGGUUUCGGAAGAAAACAAGACCAAAAAUGUUCUGGGUAUAGAAGGCUUCACAAACUUCAUGCGGAGUCCCACCUGUGACGUGUUCAACCCGCUUCACGGUGAGGUGAACCAGGAUAUGGAUCAACCCCUUUGCAAUUACUACAUUGCUUCUUCUCACAACACGUACCUAACUGGUGACCAGCUUCUGUCUCAGUCUAAAGUCGAGAUGUACGCCCGAGUUCUUCAAGAUGGCUGCCGAUGUCUUGAAGUUGACUGCUGGGAUGGUCCUGAUGGGGAGCCAGUUGUGCAUCAUGGCUAUACUCUUACAUCCAAAAUACUUUUUAAAGAUGUAGUGGAAGCCAUCAACAAAAAUGCCUUUGUUAAGAAUGAAUUUCCAAUUAUAUUGUCUAUCGAAAACCACUGCAGUAUUCAACAGCAAAAGAAAAUUGCCCAAUACCUCAAGGAGAUUUUCGGUGACAAGCUGGACUUGACUUCGGUGAGCGUGGGGGAUUCUAAGCAGCUUCCAAGCCCUCAGAGUUUGAAAGGCAAAAUCCUAGUCAAGGGUAAAAAGCUCCCGUAUAGUCUUGGAGCGGAUGCUGAAGAAGGAGAGGUUUCUGAUGAAGACAGCGCUGAUGAAAUUGAAGAUGAUUGCAAGUUAAAGGUUUCUUACAGUAAUGGCACCACUGAGCACCAGGUGGAAUCUUUUAUAAGGAAGAAACUUGAAUCCUUGCUAAAGGAGUCUCAGAUCAGGGACAAAGAAGACCCCGACAGCUUCACGGUGAGAGCACUCUUAAAAGCAACACACGAAGGUUUAAAUGUAAACUUCAAACAGAACUCGGAUGUAAAAGAUACUGGCAAGAAAUCCCACAGUAGACUAAUGAGCAAUUUUGGUAAACACAAGAAGACGGCAAAACCAAGGCCCAAAUCUCAUAGCACAUCUGAUGAUGAAGAUUCUCAACAAAAUUGUUCUGGGAAGGAACCUGGACAGCUAUACAGCAGGUUGGGUCGGCGGAGAAAAACGAUGAAGCUGUGUCGCGAUCUUUCUGAUUUAGUGGUGUACACCAAUUCUGUAGCAGCUCAAGACAUAGUUGAUGAUGGAUCUGUGGGGAAUGUGUUAUCCUUCAGCGAGUCGAGAGCACACCAGGUGGUGCAACAGAAGGCCGAGCAGUUUAUGCUUUAUAACCAGAAGCAGCUCACCAGAAUCUACCCAUCUGCAUAUCGGAUUGACUCCAGCAACUUCAACCCUUUGGCGUAUUGGAACGUGGGCUGCCAGCUAGUGGCGUUAAACUAUCAGUCUGAUGGGCGUGUGAUGCAGUUGAACCAAGCCAAGUUCAGGAUGAAUGGCAACUGUGGAUACGUCCUGAAACCCCAGCAGAUGUGCAAAGGGACGUUCAAUCCUUAUUCUACAGAUCCACUGCCUGCUUUCCCUAAGAAGCAACUUCUCCUCAAAAUCAUCAGUGGACAGCAGCUACCGAAACCUCCGGACUCAGUGUUAGGAGACAGAGGCGAGAUAAUCGAUCCAUUUGUUGAGGUGGAAAUUAUUGGGUUACCGGCAGACUGCUGCAAAGACCAGACCAGGGUGGUGGAUGACAAUGGGUUUAAUCCUGUCUGGGAAGAAACUCUCACUUUCAACAUCCACAUGCCCGAGAUAGCAUUGGUUCGCUUUCUUGUUUGGGAUCAUGAUCCAAUCGGCCGAGACUUUGUUGGACAAAGGACUGUCGCCUUCAGCAGCCUUAUGCCCGGCUACCGUCAUGUUUAUUUGGAGGGACUGACUGAAGCCUCUAUAUUUGUUCAUGUAACAAUCAAUGAAAUUUAUGGAAAGAACAAGCAACUGAUAGGGCUCCGAGGGCUCUUUCACAAGAACCCCAAGCAUAAUUCCGUGGAAAACAGCGCUAAUUAUAUUCGGAAAAGGUCGAUUGGGGAACGUAUUCUCCGGCGCACUGCCAGCGCGCCAGCAAAGGGCAGGAAGAAGAGCAAAAUGGGCUUUCAAGAAGUGACUGAGCUUAAGGAGAGUGUGUCUGAGGCAACCAAUUUGAAAGAGAAGGAAGGAAUCCUGAGGCGUACGAGUAGAAGCUUGCAGGCACGUCCCAUCUCCAUGCCGGUUGACAAAUACCUUCUGGUGGGCUUGCCAUCAACAGAUCAGGAGGCACCUCCUGUUGCUGACACCACCAAAACCGAAAAUACUUCUGCAAAAAGUAAAAAAGCUACCAAAGAGGACCAAGCACACCUGAAAGAAGCAGUCACCUCCUCUUCUCCUGAGAAAGAUUUCUCAUUUGCAAAGUUUGCAUCUCCAUUUAAAAGAGAGGCCAUCGAAGCUGGCAUUUAUGUGAGCUCACCUGUGUAUGAAAAGCCGGAAACCCUAGACUUUGCCAUUGGGAUAGCUGAAACCUAUUUCUCCACCGAGUAUUGGAAAAGUAAUCUUUCCAGCGAGUCUGUUCAACCAAAGGAGGAACUUGAAAGGGACAAGAAUGAAGGUAUAUGUUGCAUGGGUCAAAAGGUCGAUGAUGCUCUAUUUUGCAAAGAGAGAGAACUAGUAGCUGGAAAUUCUCUUUCUCCAGGACAACAAGAAGUAACUAGCAUUAGAUCUCAUGCAGUAGUAAAUAGUACUAUAACCAAUUCCCCACUACCUGAUGUAUCUUCACCUACCUGUAGUGAUGUCCGUGACUUUCAUUCCAUACCAGCCAUACAAGAUAGUGACAUUUCUCAUCUGAUCAGUGAGGUCUCUUUAACAGACGAGAGUGAUGUGGGCAGUUCUGUCUCAGCACUGAUAGGACAGUUUGAUGUCACAAAUGACCAGACUAAGUUGACUGUUGUUCCAAGUCCUCCUGGAAUUAGCAAAAAGAUUGACAAUAGGAAGCCUGCACAUGUACCACAGAUGUCUCCAAGUGAUCAGAAUACAUCUUUUGACCACAAGUCUCCUAGUGUAAUGCCAAAAAUUACUAUGAUAUCAACCCCUCAGACAACAGAGUGUUCACUGUACACAAUUAUCCAUGAGGCUUCGCUUUCUCCAGCCUCUCACCAAGCAUCAAUUGGCAAACCUCCUUGCAAGGACACAACGUAUGUUGAAGAAGAUACUUGUCCGGUGUUUUCUUGCAUUUCACCUGGGCUAAAUGCAAGCACUAAAAGGAAGUGUGGAGCCAACUGGAACUCUCUUAGCAAUAGCAACUCUUGCAUCUCUGACAACUCAGAUUUGGAACAUACAAUAGUUGUCCCUUUCACUUGUGUAAAUUCUACAGGCAGCAGCCUAAUGGAAGUUGAUGGAGAGCUGCAGGACCUAUUGAUAACUGCCUAUGAAUAUAAGAGAGAAGAUAUGAGCCAAGUUGCUUCUCCUCUGAAACUUAAGCAUAAUCAGGACACUCUGUACUAUGACAGUUCAGUCUGCAGAAACCUAACUAGUGAGGAUCUCUCCAACACCAACCUACUUGAAGACUUCAAGUUCAGGAGCAAGAAGAAUCAAUAUCUUCCUUACCCAGAACAUCAGUGUGUUGAUCUUUUGUACCAAAAUUAUUUGCACAUUUCAGACACCAAAAAUGAAUGGUUAAACAUCUCUCCUACAGGUAACAUGGAGAACUCUCCUGCUCUUAAGCAUUCUCUGCCUUCUCCCUCAGCUCAAAAACAACCAAGUCCUUGUAAAUCCAAGAGCCUUGGAGACUUAACAUCAGAAGACAUCUCGUGCAAUUUUGAAAGCAAGUACAAGUAUAUCAGCAGAGGUUUCAUUACAUCUGGCAUGAGAGACAAGAUGGUGACGGCUCUGAAGGCUAAGAGACCACAGGCUACAGAUUCCCUGACGGAACAGUUACGAAAGCUAGUGUCCUUUGAUCAGGAGGACAGCAGCUGCCAGUCAUUUUGUAACAAGCAGGAUGACGAUUGCCCUAAAAUGUUGGUCAGAAAACUGUCGUCCAGGAGUCAGAGCAGAGUGAGAAACAUUGCUAGUCGUGCCAGGGAGCGACAAGAAGCCAAUAAGCAGAAACUUUCUAAUGCUAGCAGUAAUGUAGCAGACAUAGUCCUUAGAAAUAAGCCUCUUGUCCCUCCUCACAUUAUCAAUAGACAUUCCACUGGCUCUUACAUAGCAAGCUAUCUGGAUAACUUCAAUACAGACAAUCUGGUGGACCGAGGGGUUCCGGAGGGUGCAUGCACAUCAUUGCGCUAUGCGUACCAUGACCGGUUUUAUACAGAUGACUCUCUUUUAGAGGCCAAGCCAAGCGAAGACGAUAAACCAGAAAUCUAUUUUCUCCUGAGACUGUAAAUUGUAUAAAUGUACAUCUCCAUUGUUUACAAGCUUUCUCACAGAAUGAAGGAUGACCCGUAAGCAACGUAGCCAUUAGCAUUUAAAUGACUCGGAAAUGUAUUCUUUUCGCUACUGUUUGAGCCUUGUCAUGAAUUAAUGUGUCCAUUGCCAUUUACAGUUGAUGUAAAUAGAUGUUGUAAAACUUUAUGUACUUGGUCUUUUCCCUCAUUUUUUAAAGGAAUUAUACACAAAAAAAUGUUGUUUGCAUGACAUAAAAUGCAAGAGGUCCUGAUGUCUUGUAUUUGAAAUGCUUGUACAAUAGAAUUUGGUAUGGCUAUUGAUUACCACAAAAUGCUGCACUCAAUACAAUGUUUCUUCCCUCUUUUGCCUCUCUCAUUUAGCUACUUCUAAGGAAUUUUAGAGUAUUUUAUUAUCUCCACGAUGUUCCCUCCUUUGAACCUAAUCACACAGCUUUUUAAUUGAUACCAUUCUCAUCAAAGAAAUUAAAUACACCUAUAUUUAUUAGAGUGUGAUCAUGGUAAUAGUAAGCACACUGAGGCGGUGCUGUUUUACGCUAGUAAAAGGGAUGAUGGGGACACACAUUUUUAAUUCCAAAUGUUGAAACAAAGGUUUUGAAUUUUCAAGUACAAAUUUCAGAUUUGGGGGAGGAAAAAGUAAAGGUAGCAAACUUAAAGCCUCACUUCAUUGGCAGAAGGGAAAGAAAGCUUAAAUGACAGUGACAUGUCUUAAAAUACACAUUAGGAUGUGAAGUUUGGGUUUCAGGAUUUCAGGAUUUUGUGUGUGGAGGGGUGAGAAAUGGCCUCAGUCAUACUACCAUUUGUGCUUUCAAAGCACUGGCCUGCUUCUCUUGUGCUGAGACUCUACUGAGUAUGCACAUGAGGAAUAAUAUACCCCUGACUCUGAAGGGAACGGAGCAAGCAUUGUCCCCAAGAAGUUCUGCAAUGUUUAUGGACCCCCACUUGUCUCUUGAAUCAUGUGUUCUGUUUGCUAUCUUUGUUUCAAUCUACACUUCAGAUCUGUCUACAAUUGCUGACUUUUUACAUUGGGGUGGCUAACUUCUGGAGUUGUUGUUGCUGAACUACAACUCUCAUCAUCCCUGAUAAUUGACCAUACUGGCUGAGACUCAUGAGAGUGGUAGUUCAGCAACAUCUGGAAGGCUACUGGUUGUCCACCUUUGUUUUACAUGAACCGAGAAUCAUGUUGAUUUGUUUCACGUGUCUGUAUCUCAGCAUUGGAUAUCUGCCUGUUUUGAAACCAACACAGUUGAUUAAACAUCUUCCUACCCUUUGGGUGCAUAUCCUCUUAAGUAUUAUAUAGGUUCACUCUUUCCACAUUGGUUGCCUGGCUGUGUAAACUAAGUGGAAUCUGAUCUCAUGGAACUACAGAGUUUAAAUCCUGCCCAGUCAUACAUAGUUAAUUAAAUACUAGGGGUUUUCUAAGGGUAUCGCCAAGUUCCAAAAUAUCGUGCUUGUAUUUGUGACUAGAUAAACAGUACUGCAGCAGCAUCUAGUGACAGAAACCAAACACUGGAUGAUCAGGAAAAGGGGGAGCAGCUGCAUCCCAUUCAAACAUUCCUUGAAACUUUCCAUUUUUGAAACUUGCAUGCAAAACUUGGGUGAUCCAAGCACAGAGGCCCAGUGCAGAUGUAACAUUCCUGAUCCUCUGAUCAUGGUGUGUCAUUGACUUUCUUCCUUUCUGUGUGAUUUCCCGCCUUCUCUUCUGUGUUUUCCUUUGACCAUGACGUGAUAUUUCAUUUCUAUCAGAUGUAGCCAUGGUUAACAUCAAGAUUACCCAUGUCACCAGUGUUUGGAAUCAGGGUUGGUGGGUUUUCCAAACCCAGGUUUCAAUGGAAUCUAGCUCAUGUUAACCAUGGUUUAAAUUGAUGCAGUUGCAACAAUUGUGUUGCUUUACUCAACUAUGUAAAGUUUUUUUU